AUGGCCGCUGCUGAGCAACCCCUCAAGAAGCGAAAGCUCUACGAGAAACAACUAGAAGAACCGCCUCCAAAAACUCUAGACAAGACACCAAGCACGUUAGCACCACCAACACCGCCGCCACUUUCUCAAGAAGAAAUUAUCGCGAGACGGAGAAACAGAGAUGAGAUUAAGAGCGUCUAUGAUAUUUACAAGCGUCUCAAGUUUUGUGUUUCCCAAAAGGAAGCGCGUCACAUGCCUGAACUCGAACAAGCUUAUCUCUCACUCAUUACUGCUUCAAGAGGUUGUGCUAGUGGGCAACGAAUUAUGGCUGAUCUUAUUCCUCGAUACGCGUCACACUGUCCGACUGCUCUUGAAGCAGCAGCUAAAGUUUUAAUCAAUAUGCAUAGCUGGAGCUUGGCAGUGAUAAAUAGAGGAGAGGAUUCUGAUGGUGUUGCAAUUGAGACUGCUAAAGCGUGUAUUUUUGGUUUAGCUGAUAUCUGUCGAACUGCUUCUUUUGAAGCUCCGACAUCAGCUGUUAUUCGAGGCAUUUGCUCUGCGGUUUUUCAGAAUGUGUUCUCAUUCUUUGUGUCAUCAUUUGAGGGAAAAGAUAUCUUUCAGAUUGUUGAUAUGGAAACUUUGAAGAUGCAAGAUGAUCUCAAGCUCUUUUCUGAGCUGAAGCAAAAGCUUUAUGAUGAUGAUGGAAUUUCAUUGGUUAAAUUGACCAAGUUGCGUACCUUGAGUAUGCUCUGGAUUUUCUUUUCUUGCCCGAAAGAUCUGCUUGCUGCCUGUUUUGAUCUCUUUAAAUCAACUGUUCCCGAAAGAGUUCAAGAAGGACAGUAUUUUCUUAGUCAGGUGACCAGCAGUAUAGCUGAUGAUGUUUUGCCUCUGUCUAAUGCAAGUGAUGGAACUACCUCUCGUGAAGGAUCUGUUGGAUCAAGUGCCAAAAGCUAUGAUGUUAGGGGCGAGUUGCCUACAGAUGGCAACCUUGUUUCAGAGGAUUCAUCAAUACCAAAGAACUGCUUGUUGAGACUGGUUCUUGGAAAUAAUGCAUCUUUGAGAAGUUGGAUGUUCUCAAAGUACAAGAAGUUAUGCAACAUCCCAUCUUUUAUAGCUGCAUCAGACAUUAGAUCUGCUCUAGAAGGAAUCUGUAAGUCAUUUGCAGAAUUCAAUAAACUAGAUGACAGUCAAAUUGACAGUGACGGGGAUGAUUCUGAUCCAUCAAAAUUUGUAAAUCGACAAUACCUGGUCCCUAGGAUGUCUAAUGAACAUGAAGUCCCUGGUGAACCAGCUGGUACUGGUCAUCAUAAAGGAGGUUCAAGGUCCAUGGAUUUUGAGAUAAAUCACCUUGGAGACUCUUCACAUGGCAGGUCUUCCGUGCCUAGGGAUCUAUUUAACCAAUCAGUGCUUUCACCUUCUACAAGAACUCCAUUAGACUUCAGGAGCAACUCAUUUGAUGGUAGAAACUUUAAUGUCCACGUGGACAAAAAUCCAGCUUCAAAUAUGGAUUUUAGUUCACCUGCCUUGAGAUCUCCUAGUGGAGGCAUAAGUAAUUCUUUUGCUUCUCCUCAUAAUCAUUUGGUGGCACCAUAUCGUUCCAUAACUGAAACUGUUUGGUUCUGUGAUGGGGACCCUGCUGCAAUGGAUGUUUUUUCUGCUUCUAGACAGCUUUGGUUGGGUUCUUUAGGCUCGGAUGCAUCUGAAGCUCAUAUGAGAUAUGAGCUUGAGAGGUUUGGUCCUAUAGAACAAUUUUUCUUCUUUCCAGUCAAAGGAUUUGCCUUGGUUGAGUACAGGAGCAUAUUUGAUGCCAUUAGGGCUCGGGAUUAUUUGCGUGGUCAAUUCCCUUGGUGGAUCAAGUUUAUGGAUAUAGGACUGGGAGCUAGGGGCGCUAUGAAUGGUGUUGCAGUUGGUUCCAGUUGUUACAUUUAUGUUGGACAUAUUUCAAGCCAAUGGGCAAGGGAUGAAAUUCUGCAUGAAUCUAGGAAAGUGAUUUACAAGGGGCCAUGCAUGGUCACUGAUCUCACCAAUGAAGGAGCAGUAGUGAUGGAGUUUGAAACUCCUGAAGAAGCUACUGCUGUGAUGGUACAUCUCAGGCUGCAUCGUAAAGGACAACUCCACCAUAUGCCUGCUUUAAAUGAUGGAUCAGCUAGUGUGGUAAUGCCUCAGUUAGAUGGUGCAAGAUCAGCACCAGCAACUAUCCAUGCUGACGUUAGAAUCAAUCACUCGGUUAGCAUGUGCAAUAGUAGAACAGAAUCGCCAUGUACCCAAACUGUAGCUCAGAGUCCUGCUGACAGCUCUAGGACAAGGAUGUCUAAUUUAUCUUCUUUGCUGGCUUCAUUGCGUACAAAAUAUAAUAUUAAUCAAAAUCCAAAUUAUUUUGACCUCUAUGCGCCUGGAAGCAGCAUGGCUCCUUCUUCGAGGGAUGCUGAUCGAGAGCCAUCAAGCACACUUUUGAUUUGUCUUCCAAAUGUCAACUCCCCGUUCCUUAAUGAUGAUGAGCUUAUGGCUGUUUGCAAUCUUGCUAUUGCCAAUGUAGGGUCUAUAGUCAGGUUGACGAGAGCAAAUAUGCAUAUUGGGUGUGGUUGGUUUGUUGAAUGCAGCAAUGUUGAUGCUGCAAUCACUGUUUUGAAAAAUAUCCGUGGUUGUCAUGGGACAUUCUUUCAGAUCGAGUUCAGUCAGCCAGAAAAGAAUGCUGUGCCAUUCUCAAUCAAGCCUGAGGAUGUCUCCACAGAGCUUUUAUCCACACAAAUAAAAUCGGAGAAUCAGGAGACUCCAGUACAAGGUUCACAUUCAUUUGGGGUGGUGGAUCCUUCGCAAGGAGGUGGUCAUGUUGUUCCUGCUGCUGCUGAACCAAUGUGGAUGUACAAGAACAAUGAAAUUGAGCUGCUCCAGCCACCCGUAAGCAUUUCAUGUGCACCUUUAGGAACACACGGACCACCAAUUCCGCCACCACAGCAGUUCCAGCCACCUCCAUUUAUGCAUCCUUUGUACCUCCCCCCAAACAGUUCAUGGGAUCCACGGGGUUUAAAUCAUGCCACAGUGAAUCCAAUCUCACCAGCAACAAUGCCAAAUAGUUUUCAAGGAAGUGCUGUUGCAUCUCCUUUUAUACCUGCUUCUGUGACUCCACUAGCACAGGUACAGCGGGCUCCAGUGCAGCACUUUGACCAAAUGUUUCCCAGACCUGCUGUAAUCCCAACUUUAUCAUCUGUGCCACCUCAGCCUGGAAUACCCCCUCCGUUGCCUCCAUCCCCACCACCUGCUCCUCCUCCACCUAGUUCCCCCCUCCACCUCCACCUGUUGCAGAAUCAACUGAUGCAGAAAGUUCUGGAAACUCUAUAUAUUUGCAAAUAUUUGAAUGCCAUGUCUGAACCUGCUGAAUGGCCUGCUAAACUAGAUAUGACAAAGCGCACUGUUUUUCGGCAUGUAAAAUCGACGUUUGCAACUACCCCACCACACAAAAGGGAAGUAUGCCGAUUGAUCCCCUUGUCUGAGAGCGACCAAAAGGGUUUUCAGGAUUUCAUAUCAUACUUGAAGCAGAGGGAAUGUGCAGGAGUAAUUAAAAUCCCUUCAGUGAAAUCCAUAUGGACAAGGAUUCUCUUUAUCCUUCCCUAUUCACAAGAUACUUGUUCCAUGCUCUCAAUUGCUCCCGAUGCAUCUAACUGCCUGAUUGGUUUAGUUUUGCCAAAAGAAACAAACUUUGACUGGGUUUAA